CACAAUCUCUCAGCGACUGACUCUGAGGAGUAUCAAACUCCAAACAACAAUCUCUCAAUCCUUAUACGGACUGCGUUGAAGGACCAAUAGCUGCCUCUCUUACCACUAUUGCACCCAUUUUACCCACCUCCGGACAGAAAUGGCUAGCCAAGAUUCGGCGUUCAUACCUCUUGUGCGCACGUUGAAACUUCACCGACUGCGGCACCCUUCCUACGAGCACGUAGGCCCAUUACCCUUUAUUGAUGCCCCCCAACUUGCAGUGGGACAGGAACAUCAAGGCUUCAUUCCAGGUCUCCGAGCGCAAGAAAACCGCGUGAAGGACCACAAAGCAGCGGCAAGAUCAAGCCCUAGCCUCCGAAGACAUCACGAAUCCGUAGGUCUCAAGUCGAGGGCCAGUAUGCAAGCAUCCCUUCCAACGACCGUAUGCCCCUCGCUCUACGGCGCUUCCGAAGUGCAUACUUUUUCAGCUCGAUCGAGACCUUUGGUUGGACUUGUUAAGCAGCGAUCAGAUUUACUCUUCCCGUUCAGACGCUCAUACUUGUCGGAGCCUCGCGACACCCUGAAGCACUCGAGUCACUACGCUAUGCUUACCCAAGAAAGGAUCAUGGAAGAGCACGCCGAACUUGACAAUCGUCCUGAGGCAGCGAAGAGGCCCUGGGGGGACCGUGCUGUGGACGUAGCAGGCCCAUCCCUACCUCUUGACUACCAAGAAGAAGCCGUGCAUUUUGUGUUCAAUACAAGUGACGGGCGAACAAUUGGUGAAUAAGCAUAUCUUGUGGCAUGGCCUUGGUCUAGUAGAUACUCGUCUUUUUGUUGUGUUUACAACUCUGCAUCUUUUCAACCGUAUAGGUUAGCCUACUGUUCUUGAACAGUUAACUUGUUAGAUCAUAUUAGUGAAGUUCGCCGUCGGCAGCAGAGUGAACAUUUCUGUUAUUAAGAUUACUUCCACAUUGCUGUGUGAAGGCGAGGAAUGC